UUGCCACUUCCGCUUUUACUUUUUUUGUUUCCUUAAAGAAAUGUAGGUUAGAAUGGUUCGAUUGUGAACACAUCUCACACACAUAGUUGACAUAGCCUAGGCCUAGGAAAGUAGAUUAACCUAGAUCUAGUAACAGUGAAACACGAUGUCCUGACUAAUUGAAUAACAAAUGCAGAAAGUUUAUAAAGCACCAGUGGUAAAGGCUAAAGAACAGCCUGGUGUUAAAGAUGGUUCAUUUUGUAAGUACACACACAGAGUAUGUAUGCAGAAUUGUAUGGAUGGGUAUGAAUACUGCAUCCGACAUAUCUUGGAAGAUAAGACAGCACCCUUUAAACAGUGCACAUUUAUGACAAAGUCUGGCAAGCGAUGUCCAGUAGCUGCUCCAAAGCAAGACAGAAAAGAUGGAUACUGUGCUGAACAUGCCAAAAAGUCUGUCAUGGCCAGACAUAAAUUUGCGCGUAAAAGGAAACCGAAAGAGACAACAGAGAGUUUGCUUGAAGAACUUGUCUCUGGGAACAAUGGUGCUCUUGAAGUGGCCAAUAAUGAACAUCGCAGAGGAAAGUCACACAGCGACAGUAUUGCAAGUAAAGCAUUGGAAUAUGCAAGCUCCAGUGAUUCAGAGAGUGAUCUUCAUCUACUAGACCAACUUUGGAGGGAUGAUGAAGACACAGAUGCAGAGAGCAUAGACAGUGACCAAGAGGACAUUCUCAAGUACGCAGGAAUUUAUACAGCCGAGGAGGUAGCCCAAAUAUUGAGAGACAAGUUGAUACGCUUGCAGGCUUUGUACAUUGAUCAGUUUAAAAGAUUGAAACAUGUACUGUUCAGUAAGAGGCGGGAGUACUUGGAGUCUUUUCAAUCUGAGAGAGAUAGAUAUGGAAGCAUGAAACUCUAUAAGAAUGACAUUCGUCAAAGAAACAAGUAUGAUAAACUCUGUGCUAUGAAGCGAUAUCGUAAAAAGUUUGGAAAGGAAGCGCUUCUUCAAAAACAAGCAACAGAACGUCGCAUGCAGAUGACAGAAGGAGCUACAACACAAUCAGCAGCCCAUUAUCAUAAGUGUGUCUUUGUAGAUGAAGGUUUGAGAUGUAACAGCAGAGUGGUUCCUCUCAGUAAAUUUUGCCAGAAGCACAUACUGCAUGACCCAGCCCAGGUGUUGUACAGGCCAUGCCCAUUUGCUGAUAGUCAGUGUGGACGUCCUGUUCCUGUGAUACUGAACACAGACUUUUGUUCCCUGCAUCAACCUGUGCCUUUGUUACAAAAUGUAGAGCACAUUGAAGUAGAGGAAGACAUCAAACCAAAGCUAGAGAACUUACAUGAGGGCAUUGAUGGACCUUCUCAUUGUUCAAAAAUAUCGGUUCCUGACAAUUCACCAACAUUGAAAGAGGAAGUGAGGCUUGAGGUCAAGGACGAGACAGAAGUAUCCCCGCCUUUGUCUGUAGAUCCAACACUUAGCAGAGGUGUUUUGUUUACUUUAGGUGAGGAAGAGGAAGAAGCAGAUGAUGGACAGGCAAGGUGAUACACAUUCUGUAGGAAGCAAUUUUUUCUUCCCUUUUGUACGUGACAAGCUACUCAUGGAGUGUGCAACUUUAUUGCGUUCUCAGGUUCUCAUCAGUACCAACGUGUUCAUUUAGGCAGCUUUUUUUUUUACAUUGUCCAUAUUUGUCAUAAGCUACAAACUGGUUAAGAGCAUUAGGCAUUUUCUCAUAUUUGUUUGAAGACAUCUUCUGGCAUUAGAAACAUGCUUGACAUUUCUGUCCUAUUAUUAUAUGGUAUUAAAAAAAUCUAAAUUUUAGGUUUGUAUUUGUAUAGACACAUUUGAUGUGUUCUGUCAAUGUGUGAGAAGAGAAACAAAGGAGAACUUGACAUCAAUGAAAGAGGUGAAUAUAAUUGCUGAGAAUGUACAUACAUUAAAUGUUCAGUAAAACUU